AUGCCAUUGGUACAUGCACCCGGGCAGCGACAGACACAAUGCAUUACGAGGGAUGGAACCGGACAUGAUCCGCCCCAGAUUCCGGCCGAACCCGAGCAUCCUACCCCCCCUUCUUCGGCCUCACCCAUUAUUCCCGCGAUAUCCCAGCUUGUCAAGGUCCCGGCGGAUCGGAUCAUAUCUGCCGAAACCAGCACACCAGCUCCCAGUCCACCAAAAGCUAAGGCAAUCGAAGAGGAUGUCACCAUGGGUUCCCCGAGCACAGGACCGGCCGACAACAACAGUUUCUCCUUGUCGGAAACACUCUGCACCGAAGCGGAUCCAUCCGGUGAUUCUGACAUUGAGGUCAUCGAGUCCCCAAUGAACAAGCUCGUUUAUCGGAAGCCACGGCAUGGGUCCCGGGCCCCCUCUCCAAUCAUUAUAUCGGACUCAGAGCCUGACAGGACAGCUUUCGGCGAGACUGGAUUGCUGUUCGAACCAUCCCCUGAAAUGAUAUCCUGCAGUAGCACUUCUGACGAAAGCACCGAUCGCAUUCCUCACUUCCCGGACAGUGUGUAA